CUGGGCUCUGGCCAGAGUGCUUCCAGGCGGGAUAAUUAAAAGGAGCGGGGCAAGUCGCUCUUCAGGACUGAGGCAGGCGGGCGGCCUGGGGACCGCUGGGCACCCCCACGUCCUCACACUCCCACACACAAGUGACCCACUCACGCACACACACGAGUGACCCGCACACUCCCACUCGGUCCCUCUCGCUGGCCCUCCGCUGCCCCCCACGUCCAGAAGGAAGGAGCGGGAGCCGGGCCGCCGGCCGUAGGAGGAGGAGAAGCCGCUGUCCCCGGGCAGCCAGCCCUUUGUGCGCGCAGGGGGCUCAUCCCCUUCCCAGUGUCCCGGGCCCCAUGGAGCCGGCCUGGAUGCCGCGGCUGCCGGCGCUGCUGGCCCUCGUCACGCUGCUGGCCGCCAGAGCGACUGCAGAUGUUCUGAUGGAAGAUUGCUGUGCAGACGGGCAUAGGCUGGCUGCCCAGAAACGAGACUGUUCGGUACCCUAUGCUUCAGAAUCCAAGGAAUGCAGGAUGGUGCAGGAGCAGUGCUGCCAGAAUCAGCUGGAGGAGCUCCACUGUGCCACAGGCAUCAACGUGGCCCACGAGGGGGACAGUUGUGACACACACCAUGACAAUUCCAGCUUUGAAGCCAAGUUUAUCAAGAAAUGCUGUCACUGCUGCCUGCUGGGGAAGGCUGCCCAGGCCCAAGGCCAGAGCUGCGAGUACAACCUCAUGAUCGGCUACCAGUGCGGCCUGGUGUACCGGGCAUGCUGUGUCAAGAGCCAGGAGACUGCGGAGCUCACGCCUGGAGACGUUGCCGUGCCCUUGGACACCACUAAAAUUCCUGAGGAGGAUAUUGUGGACCAAGAAGACCCCUAUCUGCAUGACCGAUGCCGAGGAGGGGGUCCUUGCACUCAGCAGUGCAGAGACACGGGAAGCACGGUCGUUUGCUCCUGCUUUGUGGGCUAUCAGCUCUUGCCUGAUGGAGUCUCCUGUGAAGAUACCAACGAGUGUGUUACUGGUACACACAACUGCCGAAUUGGGGAAAUAUGCAUCAACACAGUGGGAGCAUUUCGUUGUCAAAGAGAGAGCAGCUGUGGAACAGGCUACGAGCUCAUGGAAGACAACACUUGCAAAGACAUUGAUGAGUGUGAGACUGGGAUUCACAACUGCCUCCCCACCUUCAUCUGUCAGAACACUCCAGGAUCUUUUCGCUGCAGACCCAAGCUCCAGUGCAGAAGUGGAUUCAUUCAGGAUGCCCUGGGCAACUGUAUUGACAUCAAUGAAUGUUUAAGUAUCAAUGCUCCGUGUCCGAUUGGGCAGACAUGCAUCAACACCGAGGGCUCCUACACCUGCCAGAAAAACGUGCCCAACUGUGGUCGAGGCUACCACCUCAAUGAGGAAGGGACGAGAUGUGUAGAUGUGGACGAGUGCUCCCCGCCCUCGGAGCCCUGUGGAGCCGGGCAUCUCUGCAUAAACACUCCUGGCAGUUUCCGCUGUGACUGCAAGGCGGGUUACUAUUUUGAUGGAAUCAGCAGAACAUGUGCAGAUAUCAAUGAGUGCCGACGCUAUCCCGGGCGUCUCUGUGGCCACAAGUGCGAAAACACCCCUGGCUCCUACCACUGCAGCUGCACCAUAGGCUUUAGGCUUUCUUCUGACGGGAGAUCGUGUGAAGACCUGAAUGAGUGCAGCAGCAGCCCCUGUAGCCAAGAGUGCGCCAACGUGUAUGGCUCCUACCAGUGUUACUGCCGCCGGGGCUACCAGCUCAGUGAUGUGGACGGGAUCACAUGUGAAGAUAUUGACGAGUGUGCUCUGCCCACGGGAGGACACAUAUGCUCGUACCGCUGCCUCAACGUGCCCGGGAGCUUCCAAUGCCACUGCCCAGCAACAGGCUACCGGCUGGCCGCCAAUGGGCGGAGCUGUCAAGACAUCGAUGAGUGUGCCGCAGGCACCCACAAUUGCUCCAUCAACGCCACCUGCUUCAACAUCCAGGGCAGCUUCCGAUGUCUCUCCUUCGACUGCCCCGAAAACUAUCGCAGAUCUGGUGACACUCGCUGCGAGCGCUUGCCUUGUAAUGAGAAUCAGGAAUGCCCGAGGCUGCCCUUGAGAAUAACGCACUAUCAUCUCUCUUUCCCCACCACCAUCCAAGUGCCGGCUGUGAUUUUCCGCAUGGGCCCCUCCAGCGCCGUCCCUGGGGACCGCGUCUUCUUCACCAUCACCAGUGGGAACGAGGAGGGCUUUUUCACCACCCACAAAGUGGCCGCACACAGUGGCGUGGUGGCCGUGCAAAGGCCGAUCCCCGAGCCGCGGGACCUGCUCCUUACGGUGCAGAUGGAGCUGUUGCGUCACGGCGCCGUGAACACUUUCGUGGCCAAGCUCCACAUCUUCGUGACUGCUGAGCGCUGAGCUGGCAGGCACAGGCGCCUCCCCCUUCCCCUCCCCCUCCCGCCCCCCGGAUAAUAAAGUGCCCAUCCUCCCCCAAGCCCCGUCCCCCGUGUGGCCCCAUCCUGCCCCUUGGGAUGCGAAUCGCCAAUAGGAAUUAGGGUCCAGGUUUGCAGAACCCUCUUAACACCUGCCCUGGGAGGUGGCAGGCCAAGUAUUAUUGCUAUUUUACAAAUGAGGAAACUGAAGCUCAGAGUCUCAAUGGCAUCUUGCCCCAAAGGCCAUCUAGCGGUUAGCAGAGUUGGGCCUGGAGUCGCGGCCUUAGCCUGUCUCCGCGCUAUUUUCUGUCCUUGCCUCCUUGGAUGGGAUGGCACUUCAGUGGUGCGGGCCUGAGGGGCGGCCUUGGGGACAUGACCUGGCCGCCCGCAGGCGCCGGCGAAGCCAGGCGAGGGCCGAGAGCUUCGCGAUCCAGCCGGGUCGGACCCGUGAUCAGGCCGAGCCUUUCUAGCUGCCUAUGGUAGCCCAGAGCAUGCGCCCACCAGCAGAGCCCUCAUCUCAGUGCUGGGGGGGAGCCCUGGAAAGCGAGGUCAAAUCCUGCCUCUGGUGCUUCGUUGCUUCGUGAUCCUGAACGAGUCCUUUCCCCAACCUUUUGAGCCUUUCCUCAUCUGUAAAAUGGGCAUCAUUCCAGCAGCCCUCCCAGGCUUGUUUGAGGGGCCGAGGGGAUACCGCGUGUAAACCUUAGGAAGCUACAUUACGUUACAUUGUAAUUAUGUCACACAGGGUGAUUGAAGUGGGUGCAGGGCCCAGGCCCCCACAGGGCUUAGAGAUCAAUUGAACAGCAGAGGCAGAGGGCAGAGAGGCGUCGGAAGGAGGGGCUUACUAACAGAAUGAUUAGAAGUGCUUCUUGGUGAAUUCUUUCUGAGCUCAGAAUCUUUCUUUCUAAUAAAAAUCACAGCAUUUUAACCCUG